AUGACAACAGCAACAUCCUACUUAAUCCUCUUACAGGGGAUACCAUUCUUCACAUGUGCGCUCAAUGCGGUCAAACUGAUGUUGAAAAGUUUACCGGCGGCAAAAAGGUUAUUGGCAGUGUCUAAUAAGAAGGGGAAUACAGUAUUACAUGAGGUAGCCAGGACGGGGAUUGUGAAGAUGGCUACGCUAAUCAUAGAGAAAGAAUUAGAUGGUGGAGGAGAUCGACUGCUGGUAUCAGUUCCAAACUUAAACGUUGAGACACCUAUAUACUGGGAAGCAAUGUACGGACACAAAGACAUGUUUUUAUUCCUAAAUACAACUGCUAGUAGCAGAGGAAUAACAAGCACUUCCACAUCCACAUCAAUGGUUAGCCCAUUAACGAUAAGGACCAGUGAUCACUCAACAAUUCUUCACGCUGCUGUUCUUGUGGAAUCUUAUGAUGUAGCAAUGGAGAUCUUGGAAAUUUAUCCUCACCUUGCUUCAAGUAUAAAUGAUGAUGGCGCAACGGCUUCACAUAUUUUAGCGCUCUCACCUUCUUCUUUCAAGAGUGGAACCAAGUACUUCCAACAUUACCUCGGGGCCAUACCAUUUGUUUUGAUCCAAAUUGCUGCAGCUAUUGUAUAUUCAUGUUUACCAGUCCUAAAAAUCAUCUACAAUACAAAAUUGAAGCACAAUCAUGCUAUACGACUCCUCUGGAAGUUACUUGAAAAAGACUAUGGUCAAUGGACUAUGAGUUUUGGCCCUGAGAUCCUCCAUGGAUGGGAUUACAAGUACAAUAACCUCGAAAACCCACAUCCAUUUUCAACACUACCAACAAGGGUUACAACUUACAAAGUUCGAGAGAGGCCAAUUAUCUUGGCAACUAAGUUGGGUAUUGUAGAGAUUUUUAAAGAAAUAAUUAAUGUAUAUCCAGAAUCAAUUGAGAUGACCGAUGAAGAAGCUGGAAGAAAUUUGUUGCACUUAGCAGCAGAAUACAUACAUGCAUCCAUAAUAGAAUUCUUGAAGUCAUCAUCAACUAUUUCAAAAAGGAACUUGGACAUGUUGGUCGUUGGGAUCGAUAGAGAUGGUAACACCCCACUUCAUGCUGCUGCAAAUCUUGGAAAACAUAAACCGUGGCACAUUCGUGGAGCAGCACAGUGGACGCAGUGGGAGUGUGUUUGGUUUGAGCGCGUAAAACGUAUGCUUCCACCAAAUAUUAUAAAAAUGAAGAAUUCUAAGAACCAAUAUGCUUACCAAGUAUUCACUGAAACUCAUUCAGAUCUGAGAGAACAAGGUGAGAGAUGGUCAAAAGAAGCAUCAAAUAAUUAUAUGUUGUUAUCCGCUUUAUUAGCAACUAUGAUGUUUGGAUCUAUUUCUUAUGGGUUGUUCUUUUGUAUUAUAUCUUUGGGUCUAUUUCUCACCAUCCAGGCUGCUCCCUUCAACGAACACGAUUUCUUUUUGCGAUUGCCUCUAAGGACCGCGUUUUCUGUAACUGCUUUGUUCAAUACAUUUACUUUCACUGCUUUGUCAUUCUUCCAAGCGUACAUGCUUAUUACUGGAUGGACAGGCCCUCUAGUCUGGCUUAACUUUGACAUGGCAAUAGGUUUAGUGGGGCUUUUAUUUUCCGCUGAUUUGUACGUGGAUAUUGUCGGGUGCUUUAUCCGUUACUUGAUCGACAUUCUUUUCAUUUAG